AUGGAUGUCGAUUCUCAACCAACAAUGGAGGAAACGGUUCUUGUUGGAGAUGAUCUGAUGUUAGGACCACCAUCACCACUCAUUCCACCUGAAAUUGCUUCACAUGUUCUUCAAGGUCUUAAUUUGUGUGAUGGAAUUUUAAGAAACCUUUUUUUGUGCCUCCAAGUUAAUGAUAUAGAGCCAUUUUGUCAAGAAGAGAUCGCUUUGUAUCGAGAGUGUUCACAAAAAAGGGAUAAGGAACUAAGAAAACGUGUUCAAGAUAGCGAGUAUAGAUUAGGGUUAUCAAUGCCUUUAGAUGAAGCAAAAGAAAGAGCUUCUCAACUAGAGUCGGAAACCACAACUUUAGAGAGGCGAUUGAUUCUUGCAAGUGGGAUGGAAGGAGCAGAAGGGUUUCGCCAAAGGUGGAGUUUACAUGGUCGUGUUACAGAUAACAAGAAAAGAAUGGAGGCAUUAAAGGAAGGACUUGAAAAUAGGAAAAAAGACGAUGAACAGGUUGCAGUGAGUGUUAAAGGUUCAACAGGAAAAAGAUGGUUGUUUUGGUGAAAGUAGGAAAGACUAUUAUUUGAUUACCUAACCCAAAAUAAUAAUAAAAAAAAAAAACAAAACAUGUUUGUUUUUAUUCAAAUAUUAAAUGGUGUAUGGGUAAAAUGUUGGUUGAAUGAUUAAAUAAUUUUUUUUUUUUUUCUGGAGCAGUUAUGUAUAAACUUUAUUUUAUUUUUGGAUUGA